AUGUGGCAUGUCACUCCCAUGUUUAACAGGAAAGUGCUCUCACCCUCAAAUUAUUAUUACAACCCCGCAAAAUCAGAACAGAAAGAAGAAUACCAGGACGAUGAAAGUAAUAACAGUAACAAUGAAAAUGAAGGAGAAGGACCAUUCCUCACCAUUCCUACAUUGCUUGAUCUAUCUUCAGAUGAUGAUUUGUUAUCUUUUGUUUACUAUCAUAAAAGCUGUCCACAAGCUGAAGCCAUUAUCAAUAGGAAAGUUAAAGAAUGGGUGAAGAAGGACUAUACUUUUGCUGCCAGUCUCCUUCGCUUGCACUUCCAUGAUUGUGCUGUUAGGGGUUGUGAUGCCUCCAUUUUGUUAAACCAUGAAGGAAGUGAAAGGACAGCAAAUGCAAGCAAAAGCCUUAGAGGGUUUGAAAUAAUUGAUGAUAUAAAAGCAGAGAUUGAGAAGAAAUGCCCAAAAACUGUGUCUUGUGCAGACAUUCUAGCAGCAGCCAGUAGAGAUGCUACUGUUCUUCUUGGAGGUCCAUACUGGAUGGUGAAUUAUGGAAGGAAAGAUGGCAAAGUUUCUCUUGCUAAGGAAGCUGAUCUAACUGUGCCGAUGGGUCGGGAGAGCAUUACUAGUUUGAUUGAGUUCUACCAAUCUCAGGGCCUUAACGUGCUUGAUUUGGUUGUUCUUUCAGGUGCGCAUACAAUUGGGAGGACUACAUGUGGUUCAAUACAACAUAGGCUCUACAACUUUGAAGGAAGUGGCAAGGCAGACCCAUCUCUUGACGAAAAGUAUUUGAACUUCUUGGUAAGAAAAUGCAGAUGGGCAUCAGAAUAUGUGGAUCUUGAUGCUACAACUCCAACCACUUUUGAUCUUGAGCACUUCAAGAACCUCCAAAGAAAUAUGGGACUUAUCUCCUCAGACCAAUUGCUAUUCUCUGAUCCAAGAACUGCUCCUCUUGUUAAUACAUUAGCUUCUGCUCCCUCAGUUUUCCAUUACCAGUUUGGUGUUUCCAUGGCUAAGCUUGGCAAUAUUCUUGUCCCUUCUGUUCAAGAUGAUGGUGAAGUUAGAACUGUUUGCUCCUCUGUUAACUCUAAUAGUUACUAGCCUUUUGUUUUCUUUUUUUUCAUGGUGUAAUGAGGUUUCUUGCUUCUAUAUCUCUU